UACAUAUCCAAGAGGCUUGGACGGGCAUCUCCAGCGCUCUUGCAACGCUACCAAACCUGAGGAGCGCCUCACUCGUACUAAUGGUCAUCUGGACAGUCCCCUCCACGAUAUUUGCAUUCACCGGUCUACGAAGCAUGGAUAUAAUCCUUACCAGCAUGUGCGCCCGAGGAGGCGCAGUCGUUGACAGUAUUGCGAUCUGCCUCUCACAAAACUACGGUCUCGAACGCCUUCGCAUCGUGGUUCAAUCAGGUUGCCUACAAGCUGUUCAUUGGCUGAGGGAUUUUACGGCCUUGGAUUAUGGGAUCCAGACGUCCGAGGAAAUGGCGCGUAUGGACCAAAUGUCUAUGUCGUCUCUCAGAACUGCGCCGCACGUGCCACCAACCCUCUCCUACUUCAUCAUAACUUCAGACCACCGCUCCAGAUCCUUACUUGGCUACUUAUUACAUCUUGCAACACAGAUAUAGUUUGUCUUGGCCUGUAUGGGCUGAGUUGUUUCCACGAAGGCGAUUCAAUUCAGGAAUUACGCAGUCUGAACGCACAGAACACCGCCGGCUCACCGUCCGUGCAAAAAUAGGCUUCAUACCGAGACACGAAGUCUUCCAAGGUUGAUGAUACAAUGGUGCAAUCCAGGAGAACUAGCGCGUUUAGUAUUCAUGCAUAGCGCACCCUUCCCAUGUUUCGAUCUUCUCACUCCCUCUUGCGUCCAAUUUAGUAGUGCCCACGUACUAUUUUGACGCGCUGAGGCCCACAUUAUAAGUUCUCUCACGGUUAGCGUAUAUAAUGGUCGUGAUUCUCGGACUACGGUGCUCCGCUCUUUUCUUCACGCUGCAUCAUGUCUCUGCAAGGAAAGCCAGAUGUCGAGGAGAAAGAAUGCUUCGACGACCAGUCGCAGGUUGUGAAACUCGAUAAGAAUGGGUUGCCGCUCAGCCCUCAGCCAUCCGAUGACCCAGAAGACCCGCUGAAUUGGUCGCUAGUGUAUCGUUCUUUCGUCUUGGUGCAAGUAAGCCUGCUCGCAAGUCUAGGAAAUUUUAAUGUAGCCAUCAUCAACCCUGCGUACGGAGAAUUAGCGGCUGAAUUCGGAAUCUCGACAGUCACAGCGUCCUACCAGACCACUGUCGUGAUAGCGAUGAAUGGCUUGGGCCCGUUCCUCUUUCUACCUCUGGCAAAUGCCUGGGGUCGGAGACCAGUCUAUCUUUUCACGACAUUCAUAGGAUUCGCUUCCGCACUCGGGUGCGCGUUUGCAAGGACUUAUCCGCAAUUGAUUGGAGCAAGGAUUGUAAAUGGGAUUUUCCCCGUGGCUAUGUCGCUCGGUGUUGCAAGCGUCAACGACAUGUUCUUCCUACACCAGCGAGGGCGUGCGAUGGGCUUCUACACCAUGUGGAUGACGAACGGAAGCCACAUCGCCCCAAUUUUCGGAGGUCUGAUAGGACAGUUCCUAGGUUGGCGCUGGAUAUUCAAGGUCGCAUCAAUCGCGAAUGCCUUCAUGUUCCUGUUCAUUGUCUUUGGGUUGCCAGAAACACAGUAUUUCCGAGGUGAACAUGGUCGCGAUCGCACUUUUUCAACCGGCGAGAAGGUGACGUCGGGCGACGCUCCGAGCGAGAACGAUAGUCGGAAGCGUGGUGUUGGGACCGGUCAGAGUGAAACUCAAGCAUGUCGCAGAGCGUCAGCUUGGCAAAGGCAUGUGAAGAGAUUGAGGAUCCGGGAAAGGUCUGAGGGCCGGGAGGUGAAGGUGAAGGAUUUCGUGGUACCAGUCGUGAAAAUGGCGAAAUAUCCCUCCGUACUAUUCCCUGCAAUUUAUUAUGCUACACAGUAUGGUUUUGGCAGUAUUCUCCCCGCCGUUACGGUAUCGACAAUUUUUUCUCGAGCAUUUGAUUGGAAUACCUUGCAAAUUGGGCUUGCAUAUGGAAGCGCCCUUACUAUUGGAAGCUUCUUGGGCGAGACGGCGGGAGGAUGGGUCGUUGACUACGUUAUCGAGCGUGCUCGUAGACGACAUGGUGAAGAUGCGCCGAGUGAGGUUAGAUUGACGGCUGUGUGGACUGGUCAAAUUCUCGUACCGGCUGGUCUUCUUAUCUACGGAUUCGGUAUACAGUUUGGCGCUGCCUGGCCAGGGCCCAUCAUUGGAAUGGGUGUGGCAUGCUUCGGUGUACAAUGCAUCACCACCGUCAUGUAUACGUAUAGCAGUGAUUGCUAUAGAGAUAGGUCGGAUCAGGUGGCGCAAGUGUUCAACUUUUUCCGCCAAGAGAUCGGAAUGACGUUCGCAUUUUACGCUAUUCCCCUGGCUACCGCUAUGGGAGGUUAUCAAUGGCUGUUCCUCUUCUUUGCGGGGUUGGGGAGUGUUGUUGCUUUCUUGCCAAUUGUCUUCUUGAUGUACAAGGGAGAGGCUACCCGCAGGAGGAUGUCAUAAUUUUACCUCCUAGGUCUUCAGUCAAAGCUCUCUGGAGCUCUGAGGCAUAAAUCUAUGUCGUCCGUUUACACGAAGAAGACGGCUGAGCCACUUGAAUUCUUUUGGUCGGCGUAAUGCAGCUCACACACUAGCAACAAGUUCUCUACCCGCGCUCUCAAGGAGAAACAACCGGCUGCGCCACCCACUGAUCGUAAGAAGUCGAAGUCGAAAAAGAGCAAGGAGACCGCACCAGCGGUGUUGGAUGAAUCUGGAUGGAUUUCGCAUAUUCCGGCAAGACAAAAG